UGGGGAGAACUGCGAGCAGCGGGGCCAGGCUCCGAGCUCAAAUUUCAUCUUCAUUGAAGCAAAGCACAGAAGAAGGUUUCUUAUUUACUAUUCAGCAGUUUUUCUCCUUUUUGUUCUUCUUCCCCCCUGAAAGAAACAUUUUUUUUUUGUGUGCGGGGGGCGGGGGCUUGCUCUGGGCACUUGCUUUGCCCAGUGGUUGAAAGUGAACUCGGCUCGGGAUGGUUCUCCUGUCACUUUGGUUGCUAGCAGCCGCGCUGGUAGAGGUUAGGACUUCGGCUGACGGACAAGCUGGUAAUGAAGAAAUGGUGCAACUAGAUUUACCAGUAAAGAGACAGAGAGAGUAUGAGCUGGUGACUCCAGUCAGCACAAAUCUGGAAGGACACUAUCUCUCCCAUAUUCUUUCUGCAAGUCACAGAAAGAGGUCAACAAGGGACGUGUCUUCCAACCCAGAGCAGUUGUUUUUUAACAUCACAGCAUUUGGAAGAGAUUUUCAUCUCAGACUAAAGCCCAAUAAUCAACUCGUAGCUCCUGGGGCUGUUGUGGAAUGGCAUGAGACACCUCUGGUACCUGAGAACCUAAAUGACUCCAUCAAUGAGCAUCAACCAGGAAGAGCUCCAGAGAGGAUCUGGAAAACAGAGCCCUUGCAGACUAACUGUGCAUAUGUUGGUGACAUCAUGGCCAUUCCAGGAACCUCUGUUGCCAUUAGCAACUGUGAUGGUCUGGCUGGAAUGAUCAAGAGUGAUAAUGAUGAGUAUUUCAUUGAACCCUUGGAAAGAGGGAAGCAGAUGGAGGAAGAAAAAGGAAGAAUUCAUGUUGUCUACAAGAGAUCGGCUUUAGAACGGGCUCCCUUAGACAUGUCCAGAGACUUCCACUACAAAGGAGAGUCGGACCUGGAAACCCUUGGUGAUCUCGGCAGCUUUUACAGCAACAUCGAGCAGCAGCUGAACGAGACAGUGAGACACCGCAGACACGCAGGAGAAAACGAUUACAACAUCGAAGUGCUGCUGGGUGUGGAUGACUCUGUUGUCCGUUUCCAUGGCAAAGAGCAUGUGCAAAACUACCUCCUCACUCUGAUGAACAUUGUAAAUGAAAUUUACCACGAUGAUUCCCUCGGUGUGCAUAUAAACGUGGUCCUGGUGCGCAUGAUCAUGCUGGGUUAUGCAAAGUCGAUCAGCCUUAUAGAAAGGGGAAAUCCGUCCAGGAGCUUGGAGAAUGUGUGUCGAUGGGCUUGCCAGCAACAGAAAUCUGAUCCCAACCACUCUGAGCACCAUGACCAUGCAAUUUUUCUAACCAGGCAAGAUUUUGGACCUGCUGGCAUGCAAGGUUAUGCGCCAGUCACGGGCAUGUGCCAUCCAGUGAGAAGUUGCACCCUGAAUCAUGAGGACGGCUUUUCCUCUGCGUUUGUGGUCGCCCAUGAGACCGGCCAUGUGUUGGGCAUGGAGCAUGAUGGACAAGGCAACAGGUGUGGUGAUGAGACUGCCAUGGGAAGUGUCAUGGCUCCCUUAGUGCAAGCCGCGUUUCAUCGGUAUCACUGGUCCCGAUGCAGUGGUCAAGAACUGAAAAGAUACAUCCAUUCCUACGAUUGUCUCCUGGAUGACCCUUUUGAACAUGACUGGCCCAAACUCCCAGAACUUCCUGGAAUUAAUUAUUCUAUGGACGAGCAAUGUCGCUUUGAUUUUGGUGUUGGCUAUAAAAUGUGCACUGCGUUCCGAACCUUUGACCCAUGUAAACAGCUGUGGUGUAGUCAUCCUGAUAAUCCCUACUUCUGUAAGACUAAAAAGGGACCUCCACUGGAUGGGACUGAAUGUGCUGCUGGAAAAUGGUGCUAUAAGGGUCAUUGCAUGUGGAAGAAUGCUAACCAACAGAAACAAGAUGGCAAUUGGGGAUCCUGGACAAAAUUUGGCUCUUGUUCUCGAACAUGUGGAACCGGUGCUCGUUUCAGGACACGCCAGUGCAAUAAUCCCAUGCCCAUCAAUGGCGGUCUGGAUUGUCCCGGUGUUAAUUUUGAGUACCAGCUUUGUAAUACAGAAGAAUGCCAAAAACACUUUGAGGACUUUCGAGCACAGCAGUGCCAGCAGCGUAACUCCCACUUUGAGUACCAGAAUACCAAACACCACUGGUUGCCACACGAACACCCUGACUCCAAGAAAAGAUGCCACCUUUACUGCCAAUCCAAAGAGACUGGAGAGGUUGCUUAUAUGAAACAGCUGGUGCAUGAUGGGACACGCUGUUCUUACAAAGAUCCAUAUAGCAUAUGUGUGCGAGGAGAAUGUGUGAAAGUGGGCUGUGAUAAAGAAAUUGGCUCCAACAAGGUUGAGGACAAGUGUGGCGUCUGUGGAGGAGAUAAUUCCCAUUGCCGAACUGUGAAGGGGACAUUCACGAGAACCCCACGGAAGCUUGGGUACCUUAAGAUGUUUGAUGUACCCCCUGGUGCUAGACAUGUGUUAAUCCAAGAAGACGAGGCUUCUCCUCAUAUUCUUGCUAUUAAGAACCAGGCGACUGGCCACUAUAUUUUAAAUGGCAAAGGGGAGGAAGCCAGGUCUCAGACCUUCAUAGAUCUUGGUGUGGAAUGGGACUAUAACAUUGAUGAGGACAUCGAAACUCUUCACACCGAUGGACCCUUGCACGACCCCGUUAUUGUGUUGAUUAUACCUCAGGAAAAUGAUACCCGCUCUAGCCUGACCUAUAAAUACAUCAUCCAUGAAGACUCUGUACCUACAAUCAACAGCAACAAUGUCAUCCAGGAAGAAUUAGAUACUUUUGAGUGGGCUUUAAAGAGUUGGUCUCCGUGUUCCAAACCCUGUGGUGGAGGUUUCCAGUACACCAAAUAUGGAUGCCGUAGGAAAAGUGAUAGUAAGAUGGUUCAUCGAAGUUUCUGUGAAGCCAACAAAAAGCCAAAACCUAUUAGAAGAAUGUGCAAUAUUCAAGAGUGUACACACCCACUCUGGAUCGCAGGCGACUGGGAGCAUUGCACCAGGUCCUGCGGGAGUUCUGGCUACCAGCUGCGCACGGUGCGCUGCCUGCAGCCCCUCCACGACGGCACCCAGCGCUCGGUGCACAGCAAGUACUGUGUGGGAGACCGUCCCGAGAGCCGCCGGCCUUGUAACAGAGGGCCCUGCCCCGCCCAGUGGAAAACAGGGCCCUGGAAUGAGUGUUCAGUCACCUGCGGGGAAGGAACGGAGGCGCGGCAGGUCAUCUGCAGGGCUGGAGACCAGUGCGAUGGGGAAAAGCCGGAGUCCGCCAGAGUCUGUCAGCUGCCUCCUUGUAACGAUGAACCAUGUUUGGGAGACAAGUCGAUAUUCUGUCAAAUGGAGGUGCUGGCGCGCUACUGCUCCAUCCCAGGUUAUAAUAAGCUAUGUUGUGAGUCAUGUAGCAAGCGCGGUGGCACGCUGCCACCACCUGACCUCCCAGAAGCUGCUGAAACUCAAGAUGGUGCUAUCUUUAACCCCACCGACUUCCCAGAAUCUCUAGUGAUGCCAACAUCUUUGAUUCCUUACCAUUCAGAGACGCCUGCUGAGAAGAAGAAAGUGUUGAGUAGGAUCUCAGCAGGGCAAGAGUCCAAUGCAUAUGCUGCUUUCCGACCAAACAGUAAACUCGAUGGUGCUCAGCCAGCGGGAAGCAAGACCCUGAGAAUUGCCUCCCCCGCCACCAAGAACCGCCACCUCAGUUCAUCUUCACAAAUAGCUGCUUCUCCCUUCCUGGCAGUCAACGAUUCCAUGAGUGCUUCUUCUCCAAGAAGAACCUCAAGGAGAAAUGAAAAAGUUAUUGACAAGAGACGUCCUCUACGGUCAUCCACCCUGGGAAGAUGAGACAAUGAAUGUGAAAGCCAUCAGAGGCACACCUGGACCACGCCCCUUCUUUUCAUGGUGCAUGCAGCUUGUGCAAAGUGGCUCUCGCCAGAGGUCACCCCUGCUGCUGUCUCUGUGUGCAAGAACAAAAAGUGCUGGUUCACUUUCGUGUGGCUUUCCUCCUCUUGUUGUCCAUGGGCUCAUGUGCCAGAAUUCAUUGGGAGAAAGCACCAAAGAGUAUGAGCAGGAGGAAAAUGUACUGCAAACUGUGUUGGCCACUCGCUAAAGGGAAAUGGACUAGAACCAAUUAUGCCGAUCCGCUGGUUUUUGUUUUUAAAAAGUUACAGUAAAUAUUUAAAAGACGUGCCAACAGUUUACACUUUUACAAGAUAUUUUGGGAGCAAGGAAUCCUUAGACGUAUAUUUGUAUUUAUCUAUAUUAGAAAUAUUGUACAAGCAGAUCUGCAGCUGUUGUGUAAAUAAUGUAUAUUGCAGAAAUCAGUAUUAUUUUAAGAGGUGUGUUUUCAAAUGAUUGUUUACUAUAUUACAUUUCUGGAUGUUCUUGGUGCCUGUCAUUGAGUAUUGCCUUAUUUGACUUUCUAUGAGUUGAUUUUCACACCAUAAUAUUGCAGAGAAGAAGUUUGAAUUACAGCUACAGACAAUGCAAAAGGUUUUAUUAUAGGGUGCUGUUGAAUCAACAAUGUGAUUCCUAAACUAGAGGGAAACAAAAAUACAUAAGCUACAGAUGUAUCGAUUUGAGCUACCUAUGGCUUUCUACUCUUGAAAUUAAGAGUAGUAGGAUGGGUGUCCGUGUCCUUGUAAUCGCAGGGAACAAAGGACAUAGUGAAAAACUGUGCAAGACAGAACUGGACCAUUCUUAUCAGGGCCUCACUAGGUACCCCAGAGAUGCCCUGUGUUCUUGUGUUGUUUCUUAUGUUCCCUUUAUUGAUCUAUAUAAACAUUUAUAUACAUUGCACUGCAGUUAUCACAAGGGAAAAAAGGUUGGGUGACAACUCGUUGGUUGGUAGCUGAGAAAAGCAUCCAUGACACUCUAGGAAGGCGUGGGGCUUUGAAAGUAGGUCCAAGAAAGCAUUUCUCAGAAGUUGGGAUAUUUCUUGUCCACAUGGUUGAUAUCUAAAUGUUCACAACCACAAUGCAUCUGACUGCAGUCACACGCUAGUCAUUGAUGUCGGUGAUCCUCUUGCUCAGAGUGAAGCCAGAAAUGCCCUCUCCCGGGAGCAGAUGUAAAGUACUUGUAUAUAGGAUCCAGACCCGAAGAUAUUUAUUAAAAGUUGAUUAUUUGGAUAGUAUUUUUAUGUACUAAAUAUUUACACUAAUAUCAAUGGCCUAUUUUGGUAAACUAGAGAGACAUAUUUAGAGAUGCAUGCUUUGUUCUGUGCACAGAGGAGACGUUUAAGCGAGUGACAGCAGCCAAAUCAAGGAGUUCGUAUGGAGAAGCUGCACUGUUUUGUAAGCCCUUUCGAUUUUGAAAGUAGACACAAAGUUGAUGACUUUUCCCCCUUUUUGGAAAUAUAAAAGAAUAUGGGCUCAGAUAGCUUGCUGUUUAAUGAAAUAGGAAUUUAGAUAAUGUUUAAAAGUAAUUGUGGAAGAGAUGAGUACUUCAGGAAUUGCACUCCAACAAAAAGAAAUAUAUGCGUUGUCAGCAUUAUCUUUUGGGGCUCAGGACCUGAUUUGUUAAAAUGUAUUCUACAAACUAAGAUGUAAGUCUGUUGACCCCACCAGAGCACAUCGUGUGCAAGAACUUUUAAAGAUUACACACGAAUCACCUGACCUACUGACUUGAUACCUCUAAAGAAUCGCUGCUACUUGGUGCAAAAUUUUGGAGAGCCAAUAAAUUCAGUUAGUUUCAGAUGGUGCGACAAUCCAUGAACCUUGAAGAGAAGUUUGUUUGUUUUUUUCUAAAAAUGUCCCCAGAAUGAAAUCCUCGCUAGUUUGCUUGAGUGUGCAGACCAUACCACAGGGAAGUCAGUGUAAAGAAAGAGGGUCACCCACAUACACCUCCGGAAAGACGUACAUAUUUGUUACAACUCUGACCUUGAAGUUUUCUCAUCUACUAAGCUCAAAUUCCUUGUUAUCAAAGUGUACACUACUGAUGCUGUUUGUUGUAUUGGGAGCACGUAGCAAUAAAAGUGUUAACAAAAUAUA